UAUCUGUAAUACAACGUGACAAGGCCUUAACUCCCAUCUCUAACCAAACACAACUAUAUUCAUAUGUUCAUUAAACAAGAAAACGCGAGCAAAUACCAAGAUUUAAUUGAUAUCAUAGAAAACAAACGUGAAUCUGUAACAUACAACGGCGCUAUUUAGUUUGACUCGGUAUAUUUGUUGACGGGAGUGUCGUGAAAUAAUCGCAUACCAUUCUCGGGCAGUGCGGUAACCUAAGCCCACAAAAAAAGUAUUGCGUUGGUGAACAAUAAUAAUAAAGAAGAUCCUAAAUGUAUCAAGUGGAGUGCAUGUAAAUAGUGAUAUCGGCAAUACUGGUGUCGCAAUCAUCAAGAUACUUAGGAAAAUUGUAAAAUAAUGGCAUCAAUAUCUGAUGACGGAAUGGUCCUUAGUGGCUAUCACAAAAAAUUAAAGACUAUGAAAAAGAAGUUCUUCGUCCUCUACGAAGAAACUAGUAUCAACCAAGCACGUCUGGAGUACUACGACACUGAAAAGAAAUUCCUGCAAAGAGCGGAACCAAAAAGAGUCAUCUACUUGAAGGACUGCUUCAAUAUAAACCGACGUCUAGACACCAAGCACAGAUUUGUCAUCGUGCUAUCUUCGAGGGAAGGCGGAUUUGGAAUUGUUCUCGAGAGCGAGAAUGAUUUACGGAAGUGGUUGGAUAAACUACUACUCCUACAGCGGAAUAUAGCCAAUGUAAAUGGACAAGUGUAUUCAGCAUAUGAGCAUGUUUGGCAAGUUAUCAUUCAGAAAAAAGGAAUGUCGGAAAAAGUCGGAAUUACUGGAACCUAUCAUUGUUGCCUUUCUGCCAAAUCGCUGACAUUUGUAUGCAUUGGCCCGGAGAAGACCGCUAAUGGAGAUGAUCGAAUAUCCAGCAUAGAGAUUCUCCUAACUACCAUUAGGCGAUGCGGACAUGCUUCUCCGCAAUGUAUUUUCUACAUGGAACUCGGCCGCCAGAGUGUACUGGGUUCUGGGGAAUUGUGGAUGGAAACGGAUAAUGCAGCUAUCGCUACAAAUAUGCACAAUACGAUAUUAAGCGCCAUGUCAGCUAAAACAGAUUCCAACACGAAUUUAAUAAAUGUUUACCAAGCUCGACCAGAUAUCAGCCAUGAACCGAUGAGAAAACGUUCAUCAUCUGCAAACGAAGCUUCAAAGCCAAUUAACGUAAUACAAAAUCGCCAAAACUCUCUCGAAUUGCGAAAUUGUAGCUCGCCACACAACUAUGGUUUUCCGAGGGAGAGAUGCGAUAGUUUACCAACCAGAAAUGGAACUCUGAGCGAGAGCUCCAACCAAUCAUACUUUGGAUCAAAUCUGGGACUAAGAUCCAACACCAUUUCCGGUAUCCGUCCACAUUCAACUAGCAAGCACAGCAACAGUCCAACGUUCAACAUGCCAUUGAGAUGCUCCGAAUCUGAAGAUUCGUCAAUUAGUAUCGAUGAAUCCGAUGAUAAUGCAAGUUUUGGGCAUUAUCGUUUAAAUACUAGGUCAUCAAAGGGGGCUAUUCCAGAGGAGAACCUUGACGACUUUGCUAGUGCAGAAUAUUGCAAAGGCUCAGGACCAAGUGGUGACGAUAACUAUAUACCGAUGACACCUAUUAAACCUGCAUCAUUCUGUGAACCAGAUAAGGUGGAGUUGCCAAAACCCGAUGAUCCUAAUUUGCAUAUUAACUUUCCGGAGCACACAUCCGAGAAGCUGGAAAAUGACUUUGACUUGGAUUCCGAUAAUCAAUGUGGACGGCCUAUUCGUGCAUAUUCGAUAGGAAAUAAAGUUGAGCAUUUAAAGCUUAAUAGACGACUUGGAUAUUUAAAUGAUACCGGACAGAAUUCGAAUCGUGUACGUGCCUACUCAGUCGGUUCUAAGUCAAAAAUCCCCCGAUGUGAUUUGCAGCGAGUGGUUCUUGUGGAGGACAAUAGGUUCGACACGAACAGAAGCCAAAACAACAUUUCAAAGGAGGGCCCCAUCAGCGGUACAAGUACAAACAGGGAAAAGAAAUCAACAAGUGCGCCGCUCUUGAGUUUGAAAAACCAAAUAAAUCAGGAUCGUAUGAGCGACUUAAUGGAAAUCGACUUUUCUCAGUCGUCUAAAAUAGAACCUUGGACGCCCGCACAAUUCAAAAGGAAUGUGAUGGAUGUGGUGCCCAAGAAUAUCGAAAGUGUGUUCCCGAAAAGCUAUAGAAACGAUAGCUCCAACUUGACAUUGCACGCCACCAGUCAAAAAGACAUUUUCAAUGGAGGUAAACUGAAUACUACCGAGAGCAGUUCAGAGGGUGGUUACCUUGAAAUGAAACCGGUUGGGAACGCCUUCAGUUCCAGUCCAGUUACCCUUCCUAGCAAAAUAGAAAAGCUCAAGCUAAAAGACAACACCGAAUUGCCGGUUCAUGAACUGCACAAAGUUAGCUCGUAUAAUAUUCCGCCAGAAAAGCGAAAGGAGCAAACGCCAACGCAAACGCGAAUCGAAGAGAAGACCCUUAACUCCCAACUGAAUGAGAAACUAAUUAACACAGAAUCUGCAAACGUUGUUGCCAAUAUUACCCCCAAUGUCCCUGAGCUUAAAAGCGAUAAGAAAAAUAAUGUUGAAAGUUUAAUUAUUGAGAAUAACAACUGGGAUCUGGGUACCACGGACGAAAAGAAGCUGGUUCAUUCAAUAAGUAGUGAGGAUUACACCCAAAUUAAAGAUAAAUUGAACGAUUUGACGAAAAAUAACGAAGUAGGCUACAAGAUUCUUCAAAUAAAAAGCGAUAGUUCCCUUAUCUCAUCGAAGAUAACCCUGAAGAACAGGCUCCGGGAUAAUUUAGAACGGCAACAGAGAUUAACCGAAAGUGUUAAUACGAUUCCCGACAAAUCACCCAGCGCCACCACCAAAGGCACUUUCUAUUCAUUAGGAAACAAUUUUCAAACACCACCAAACAACGUAGUCAACAAUACUUUAGACAACAUACUGCAGACAAAAGAUUUAAAUUUUCCAUCACGGCCAUCUUCACAAGCAUCCCAACCGGAGCUCCACUAUGCAAAACUCGAUCUUCCAAAUUGCAGCGAUCAGAACCCAGCGAAAUAUUUGAAAAGAGGUUCACGCGAAUCUCCGCCAGUUGCCACCUGCGCUGAAGAUGGAAAUACGUAUGCGAGAAUUGAUUUUGAUCAAUCAGACUCAUCUUCUUCCUCAUCGAAAAUAUUUAAUAUGUAAAGUUUUAAAAGUUAUGACUAUAUGUAUAUGAUUUGUUUAAUAUUGUACAUUUAUUGUAAAUAUUCUAUGACAAGCAAAGCUUACAAUUUUGGAUGCUAAUAAAUAAAUUUUAUUUAAAUUAUAAAAA